CCGCAGACCGACAGAAAGUCGCUGUCAAACAGCAGCGAGGACAGCUCUGUCUCCAACUGUCGCUCCUCUCCCGGUGAAACACUUUCAGCUGCUGUCAGCGGCUCUCUGUAGCACGACUUUGGACGUAAUUUACGUGCCUGGUCGCCGUUGUAUCGGUUUGUCUGUCGAGGAAACCCGGCAGAAGCUCCAGGACUGGGAACGGACCAGUGCAGCGGCGGUGGUCAGGGGGGGCUUCUACGGGGUCAGACCUGUGGGUUUUCUGCGAAAGCUCAACAUGAUGUCUUCAGCGCUCGCUCUGCUUCUCUUCUCCCUUCACGCCUUCGCCUUCCAGGCACUUGAAUUAAAGCCUGAACAAGUCCGCCCCCACCUCACCGGCUGCAUCUCCCCCAGCAUGGAGACUUUCCACUGCAGAUGGAGUGUCGGCUCUUUCCAGAACCUCUCAGAACCAAGGGAUCUGCGCUUAUUCUACUUCAACAGAUUGCCCCUCACCACAUCGGAGGCAAACUGGAGUGAAUGUCCCCUCUACAGCACGGAGAGACCAGAUGAGUGCUUCUUCAACGAGAACCACACCACCAUUUGGACGUCUUACAACGUGCAGCUACGUUCCAGGGACCAAUCUGUCCUGUACGACGAGAUCUCCUUCUCUGUGCCAGACAUCGUGCAACCAGAUCCUCCUACCGGACUGAACUGGAAGCUGAUGAACGUGAGCCUGACCAGCACGCACUUUGACAUAAUGCUGAACUGGAAGCCCCCGAAAUCUGCAGACGUGGAGACGGGAUGGAUAGCUCUGCAGUACGACGUUCAGUACCGCGAGGUUGGCUCUGACCACUGGGAAAUGAGCAACCUUGUAAAAAGCACAUAUCGCUCCCUGUUUGGACUUCAAACCAACGUCAACCAUGAGGUCCGGGUCCGUUGCAAAAUGCUUGGAGGGAAGAACUUUGGAGACUUCAGCGACUCUGUGUUUGUCCACAUCCCAUCUAAAGUUUCCAGAUUCCCAGUUAUGGCUUUGCUCAUCUUUGGAGCUUUGUCUUUAGUGGCCAUCCUGCUGUUAGUCAUCAUUUCACAGCAAGAAAAGUUGAUGUUUCUUCUUCUGCCUCCUGUUCCUGGACCUAAAAUACAAGGAAUUGACCCAUAUCUAUUGAAGAAAGGGAAGCUUCGAGAGCUCAAAUCGAUCCUCGGUGGUCCCCCUGACCUGGGACCAGAGCUCAACAACGACCCCUGGGUGGAGUUCAUCGACCUGGACAUCGAGGAGCACAGUGACAAACUGAUGGACGUGAACACGGACUGUCUUAUGGACCACUCGCUGUCCUAUCACUGCUCUCCGCUGUCUGUUGGCUUCAGAGACGACGACUCGGGCCGCUCCAGCUGCUGCGAGCCGGAUCUUCUCAGUGAGUCAAACCCAUCACCUGUCCAUCCUUUUGUCCCAAAUCAGGCCGUUGGUAUGGAAACAUCGUCCCAGACAACCGCUGGGCACCAAAGUUCCAGCUUUGUGAGGCCGUCUUUAGUAGCCGAGGGCAGAGACGCGGUGUAUACGCAGGUCGGCGAGGUCAGGUCUUCUGGGAGUUUGCUGCUGUCACCUGAGCAGGUCACAGUGGUGGAAAAAAAUACCAGCAAAGAGAGAGACAUGGUGGAGCAGAAGGAAAACAAACAAGACGACAUAAUGGUGGUUAAUCCAGAUCAGAGAGACUGCACCUCUGAGCCUAAUGCAGCUAAAUUGAGCCUACAGUUGGCCACAGCAGAGCUUCCCAACCAUCCUGAGUCCAACAUGUCCCAGCUGCCUUCAGCUCCUGUCUACACCGUGGUUGAAGGUGUUGACAGGCAGAAUAGCCUGCUACUAACACCAACCCAAACACCAGGCCCCAACCUGACCAUCCCAAAGAUCACCCCGACGUCAGACACCUACCUGACCCCCGAUCUGCUGGGAAACAUUACACCCUAAAUCAGCCGAGGAUCGAAUUACCCAGGACUUUUUCCACUUAAAGAGACGACAGUUCCUGGAGGUGGACUGUUGAGGGGCCCCUGCUGGAUUUCAGCUUGCCUAAAAUAGCCUCAGGAGGUUUCAGACGAUCAUCUCAGAGGAUCCCGACCAGGACACAGACCAGAGUUUUGGCCUGGAAACAGAACCAUUUGGAGAAACCAGAUGUUUAGGGAAACCACCCCGGUGAUUUGACACUUUUUAACCCAGCGUAGAAUAAAUAAAUAUCUCUGUUAAAGCUG